GCAAGCUGUUUCGCUGUUGCUGAAGGCAGAAAUCGCUUCGACUCUACAGACUGCUGCGAACUUAAGAUUUUAGUUGAAUUUUGAAGAGUUUGCGCAUGCCAUUCCUCUCGCCAGCUGAUUGAAAAGUUUCUAGCAGGACACAGCCCGCGUCUGGGAUGAGCCAGCCUCGAACGCUGAGCUCCGGUGCGCCGGCGCCAGCGUCGAUCGGGCCCAAGAGCCAGGACCUCGUGAUUCGUCCCGAAGGCCUCAAGCCCGGUACAAAGCUCCCGGUCGUGUACCACCCGGAGUAUAACAUCUCCUUUUACGGCCUCGAGAAGAUCCACCCUUUUGACGCUGGCAAGUGGGGCAAAAUCUUCGACAUCCUCAAAAAUUCUGGGUUGUUGAAUGCCACCAACUUCCAUGUCCCCCAUGAAGCUACCAAGCAGGAGUUGCUUCUGGUCCAUUCCCAGUCCUACCUCAACAAGCUGAAGUGGAGUGCGUAUGUGGCCACGGUGACAGAGGUUCCCUUUGUGGCCUUCCUGCCCAACUGCAUGGUGCAGCGCCGGGUUCUCAGGCCAUUCCGAUACCAGACGGCAGGCACCAUACUGGCGGCCGGCCUGGCUCUGGACCACGGCUGGGCGGUGCACCUAGGAGGGGGCUUUCACCAUGCAAGCGCCAACCAGGGAGGCGGCUUCUGCUGCUACGCCGACAUCACCCUGGCCGUCCAGACCCUCCGGGGACAGGGCCGCAUACGCCGGGCCAUGGUCGUGGACCUGGACGCACACCAGGGAAAUGGCUAUGCCCGAGAUUUCAUGGGCGACCAGGAUGUCUACAUCAUGGACGUCUACAACAAAGGCAUCUAUCCUCACGACGAAUAUGCCAAAACCGCCAUCAGACGGAAAGUGGAGAUCCGGUCUGGCACGUCGGACGAGCCCUACCUCAAGCUGGUGGACGAGAACCUCAUGCUGGCCCUGAACGAGUUCAGCCCGGACCUUGUCGUGUUCAAUGCGGGCACGGACAUCUUGGACGGGGACGUGCUGGGCCGGCUCAGCAUCUCCGACCAGGGCGUGGUGCGGCGGGACGCCCUGGUGUUCCGGCAGGUGCGCACCCGCGACAUUCCCCUGGUGAUGGUGACGAGCGGCGGCUACCAGCGCCGGUCGGCCAGGGUCAUCGCCGAGUCCAUCCUCCACCUGUGCAAGAAGAGGCUCCUGUACCUCGAGGAACCGCACUCCCGCGCGUCGGCCUCCGAGGUGGCCCACCAGUAGCGAUGCGGUCGACACCCGUCCGCAUGGGUUGGACCGAUAACGCAUUUAUUCAUUCGCACGGGAUGACCGGUUGUCUGCUUAUUCCGUCUGCCAUAAAAGUUUGAGGCUGGGUUGCGACUUGCAAACAGCAGUGGGGGAGGCCGGGGGGAAGCAUCAUCGAACCUCCCCCCCUACCAUUUUCAAAAAAAAAAAAAAAAGACUGUUUUGGCUAUACCGUUGUUGUUCACGAAUUUAGGGUCCUCAACGGACCCUGAAUUCGUUUUCAGGGUCCUAAAUGCACCCUGAAACACCCUGAAAACGGACCCGUGUAAUCGGUUUUAACAUAGGUGUACGUGCUCACAGUCACGGAUAGGCAAAUGCUUUCCAAGAUGUAUGAAAUACAAAUACAGAAUACUUCGAAAAAAUAUAUUUCAUUAGAGAUCUAAUUAGUACACUUUUUUUAGAAACGUAUUUAAAUACAAGUUAAAAAUAUGAGAAUAUUUUAUUAUCUUCAAAUAUUUUUACAAAUACAUUUUCCCCCCAUAGUCCGACGUCGACUUAAAUUUAACCGUGGGUUAAGAAAUAAAAGGGACUGUGCGAAAAUACAACGCUUAAAAGAAAGUUACAGCUCGUGGAAACAGUGUAUUCAAACGAGAUUAGUCUGAAAGGCUCACUUGAAGCAAUAAAGCCUUUUCAAACAACGUGGAAUUAAUGCGACGUCUAAAAAAUUAAAUGAGUCGACCAAAAAGUUAACAAUUGUGCCCACCCUGUUCACCCCUUGUUCUUUUUCCUUUUUUUCCCCGUGUCUAUUAUAAGUAAAGCGCAUCACGUUUCAUGCUCUUUGCAUAUGACUCCCAUCGCGAAGGGUGCAUGUAAUAUUGCAUUUGAUUGCAAAGAGUGC